UUGCCUGUCAGGAAAACAUCCGGGGACUUUUGAUGCCGCAAGAAGAAGAUGCCGACGAUUGAAAACCGUUUGGAGAAGAAAGAUUGAGAUCAUCAGGUGACCUUUGAACUUGGAGGAGAGUUGUGAUAUAAUAAGAAAAAAAUAUAUCACAGUGCCACCUUGUGUUGAGAUACAGGAACAAUUUCAGGUUCAGCUACAGUGGAAGUGAAGUCGGGGUUGCCAUCUGGUGUGUGAAUCUUUCAAGAAGAACAGAAAUAAAGCUGUACCAUGGUUGGACAGAGGGGAAACCGUGGUGGUGGACGAGGGGGAUCCUGGGGAAUGGAAACAGACAUGGGAGCUGUGGGUGGAAGCAUGUUGGGAGGAUACAACUCCCAGAUGCAGGAUGAUACUGGAUUGUAUGGUCAGGGAGGGAAAAAACGCACCUAUAAUGAGUCCCAAGAUGGCUACUCCGUGCCUAAUUAUUACGAAAACAGUUCUACUGAUCCAUAUUAUCGUGGAUUGGAUCCUCCUUCAUCACGAUUUGUUAAGACUGAGACUACGCAGCAGCCAGACCAAUAUGCAUCCUACUAUGAGAAUUGGGACUCCGGCUAUUACAACCAGGGUAACAAUUCCCAGUCUGGUGGCUACUCGGACUAUAAUGCUUCCCAGCAACAGUCAUCUGGAGGAUACAAUCAGUCUUCAGAUUUCUCUCAAGAUAUUGACUUCCCCUCCAAGUCCAACUUCAGCAAAGUCUAUAAUAAGAACCAACAAACCUGGAGCAAGCGAGGUGGUGGGGGUCGAGGAGGUAGAGGGCAGCAGCAACAGCAGUCAUGGGGGCGAGGCCAGGGGAUGCGUGGAGGCCGGGGAAAUAACCGAGGAAAUCAAGGCGGAAUGAUGGGCAAGAGAGGCCAACAAAAGCCUGGUUUCCCUCCUCAGAAAGCAUUUACUGGGCCCAUGCGUGGAAAUAAACGAGGGCGUGGAGGUAGAGGGGGAAAUGCUAUGGUGCCUCCCAUUCACAGUCUAGCCAAAGUUUCUGUCCCGGAUGUCUCAAAGAUGUCCAUCGCAGAGAAGAUCAGGCGGUUCUGUCUCUACCUGCAGGCAGAAACCAAUAAGGUCAAUUCCAUACAGACAAUAGAGAAUGCAUUGACAGGGAGUAAGCUAGGCCUGAAGACAGAGUAUGAGGUAGAAGAGUUGAUGCGUGUAGCUGGUCGUUGGAUGUAUACUGGCUACCUAAAACUGGACGGCAUCUUUUUGACACGCUCAGUUGGAGCCAACAAAAAGGAGGUCAAGCAUGACGUGUACACAAAAGGUCUGGAACUUCUCAAAACAAAGACUGUUGCUGAAGUAUUUGCUCUCAAGGAUCCAGGAGUGGAGGCAAUCAGAUCUGAGCUUACCAACAGUCUUGAGGUGAAGAAGGAAGGUCUAGGGAAGACAGAAUCUUUACAGGUAGCCAAGCAGGCUAUGGAAGAGAUGACCAACACAUUCAGUACCAAACAUGAUGGCUUUGAUAAGUUGAUGACAUAUCUGCGCCAAAGCUCCAAUCUGCCUGAGUCACAGAUCUCCUGUAUUGAGCAGGGUAUAUCAGCAUCUCAUUGUGGGCUCACACACUCGUUUGAUGGCCAGAUGGUGCGACUUCCUACUGGUAAACUCUUCUUCAGAGGUACACUAACGAUCGCUGAAGUUGUAAUUGCCGUUGGAACAGGCUACAAGAAAAAGGAUGCCAAGGUACAGACAUACGAAAGAGCUUUGGAGGCCCUGAGGACGAAGACGAUGGUCCAGAUCCUUAAGAGUGUACCAGAGGCAGAGACAGGGACUGGAGUUGUCCAGGAGAAGGUGCCACCAGUUCCAGAGAAGGAUCGUAGUAGCCAGACACUUCUGGAGAAGAUGACUGAGAUCACACAACUCAUUAAGGAGGCACAGUUCCGAGAAAACAACAUCAAUUAUCUGGAUGUUACUGCCAUACACCUAGGCUUUACUCCAACCUGUAUAUACAGAAAACUUGAGGCUGAAGGCAACAAGACCAUGAUCUCCUGUGAGCUGUACCUGGACAGCAUACUGAUAUCAACAGGUGAGGCUGAACGCCGCAAGGAAGCCCAGGUAGAGACCUACAACAAUGCCUGGGAUGUUCUCUGUACUACAGCACCUGACUACAUCCUGAAGGAACACAAACGCCUCAAACCGGGAGAGCAGGACGACCCCAGCGUGAUGGAUGUGUGGGUCAAAGGCUCAGGUAAACCUAAUGCUAAUACCAACAUGCCAGGGCUCAAACGUAACAAGAUGGAUCCCAAUGAGGCUUGGAAAACUGUAGAGGUGAUUGUGUUAAUGGAGCAUGAGGACUGGAGUUUUGAUCGUCAGAGGCAGGCCUUCUGUAUACUGAACUACAGCUCUACCUUAAAUGGCAUGCUACUACAGUGGCAGACCGAGCAUGAUGGCAACAUGUUCAAGUCCACAAUAAACCUACAACACAAGAAUAUUGGGGAGGCCUCGGCUCUGGGAAAAAAUACAUCCAGGAACCUUGCUGCUGCAUGUGCUCUCUUCAAAUUAUAUGAAACACAGGAUGUCAUCAGGAUUUCACGACGAGAUGAUACAAAAUUAUGGGUGGAAUACUCAGAGAUUAAAAAGAAGGCAGAAGCUCUGCGAGUGGCAAAUGGGGCUCCAAAGGAAGAGGAAGUGGAUACUCCUGUAACUACUGUCACACAAGGAGAGGGGGAAGAAAAGCCAUCUGUCCCUGCCAACAAGUGGGUCAUCCAGGUGGCUGAACAGAUGAUCACACAGCACAUUGCCAAACAGACACUCGAGGAACUCAUCUUUGGGCCAGGUAUGCCAUUCAGCGAAAGUAAAGAGGUACGACAAAUUGCAAGGAACAUGGAUCUGAAACAUGACAUCCGCCAACUGGAAGGCCAGUCAUUUCUCAUCAUACAUAAGAGGACAACUCCACAGGAAAUGGUCAAGGUACUUCGGGCCAACAACUCCCAAAGUGGCAAGUACUCUCUUGUGGACAAGACCACACUGCCAACUUACCAGGAACUCCUUCCAGAGAUAGAAAAACAUGAGGCCAUGAGGAACACUGGCAACACCGAGGGUACAAACAAGAAGAAAAUUAAAAAAGAUAACGUACCGGUAACAGAUGAGCAAUUAAAUUGACAAUGAAACUCUAGUUUAAGGAUAAAUUAUUUGUAAACAACAGAAAAGGAUCAAAAUAUAAUUCAGUUUAAUUCUGCUUAACAUUGUUGACAUUGGAAAUGUCUGAUGUUUGACUCAAUAUGAAAUGCCAGUUCUGUAAUCUCUGAUAUUCGAUAAGAAUGAGAUUUUGAGCAACAUUUCAUGAUGGAUUUAAGUAGAAUGAAAAGUUGUAUGACUUGAUACCUGACUCCCACCAUCCACAUCAGUUACUUUCAGUCUUCUACGGUACAAUUUAUUUUUGAAUAUCCUUUGCAAGUUGAUAUAAAAUACUUUAAUCAUCCUUUAGUAUCCUUUCAUUGGAAGUCUUUUGAGCCAACAGUUGAUGGAAAGAUUGUAGGAGUUUGUUUGGGUCUUGCAUACUAUCAUGUUCUGUAGCUCCUGUUCAUCUUCUUAUGGCUGAUGUCCUUGUAAUGUCCUGUCCAGGCUGUAACUUUUAAACUAUUAAGAUAGCAUGAAUGCAAUGAUAUUUAUAGGUCAAAGGUCAAACAGGUGCAAAAGUUUUCCAUAAAAUUUUGUUUGGGCUGUAAAUUUUUGUGAAUUUUUAAGAUUCCUUAAAGGAAUAUAUUUUGUACCUGUAUUAUUUAAAGGUGUCUAUUACGGUCAUGUUGAUAGGGUAUAUCAAUUGCACAAAUCUAGUUUAACUGAGAUGUGUUGUUGAAAUAACAGUUUGGUGGGGGAGUAAUAUAUUAUUUGGAUAUUUGUUUCUCUUUGUCUAGUUGUGAUCAAGACUGGUAGACUUGCUCGUCACACACAGUUUGUACAGUUUGUUGUACAUGAUUAGUAUUACCAUGCCACAGAGCUUGUCAUACAUACAUGCAUGUAAUUCGUGCUGUCAAAGUAAAACUAUAACACUGUAAAUGAUCAUAUUUUAGUGGUUAUCUUAUUUUAGCGGUAAUCAUGCUAGAAGUAUUGCACUGAAUUAUGAUUGCAUGUAUUACACUUCAAAUAAACCAUUUCUAUAGCAGAAAAUGCAGGUGAACAAUUCAUACAAUGCGCUAAUUUCAGAAAAUUUCAUAAUGUGCUAAAAUUUGAAUGCGGCAAAUUUAUUAUAUUUACGAUAUGUAUGGUUAUAAUAUAUUGUACUAAGCUUCUGUUUUAAACAUUAUUUUAUUAUAUAAACUGUACUGUAAGAUUUUUGAUAAUAAAUGAAUG